ACCAGCAUGGAGGGACCCUGGGUAGGCACCUGGAGACCUCAUCCGCGACGGGGUCCAAUCCUUGCAGAGUUCAGCACCCCGGGUCCCAAGUACUGGCUCCCUGGGACAACAGGCCACACGGCUCAUGAUCCCACCAGAGAAAGAGCCCCAGCAUACUCAUUUCGAGGGACCAAAUAUCCCGCCGCAGCUGGCUGCUCCCCAGGUCCUCGGUACUUCAUCCAUUCGUCCAUCACCAAGACUGGGAAGCAUGUGGCUCCAUCGGCACAUGUGACAGCACGUCCCAAGACCAAGAUUCUGGUCACCCCUGGACCCAGUGACUACACCACGGAUCCUGCCAACAAACAUGUCUACAGUUCUGCACCGGCAAGUAGCAUGAAGUUCCGACCCAAGGACUUAAAAGGUUUCCGAACGCCAGGUCCUGGCACUUACACCCUGCCCAGGGUACUGGGACCCCAAACAGUGUACACCCAUGCUGAACCUUGCUACUCCAUGAAGUGGAAGAGUCUGUAUCAGAGCUGUUUUCAAGACCUGGCAAAGACGCCAGGACCUGCGGCAUUUGCCAACGUGGAAAUGGAUGUCUACAAAAGAGCUGCUCCCAAAUACUCAAUGGGACUAAGAACCAAACUUGCUGGCACGGGUAUGCUCCCAGGUCCAGCAGACUACUUCCCAGGAAAGUUGUCACUGACCAAGGCCCGGGACCCUGCUUUCUCUUUUGGACUCCGACAUUCUCUCUACAAAGCUUCUUUAAUACCUGAAACACAUCUUGAUUAA